AUGGUGGAUUAUAUAUCUGACUCCGAAAGUGACUGUGAGGGGUCUUUGUUACUAGAGCCACGGUCAAUAUCGCUGAAUAGAGUGAUACGAGUACUUUCUCGACUACCUCCACAACAUCGUGAGGAAGUGUCACGGUCUUUGUCACGAUCUGGAUACACAAUAGAACAGGAUAUAGAUACGACAUUAGAACUGGACGGCGAGACUAGUUUAUCCUUUUCUCCAACACAACCGCGAGUAUAUAAUAUAGAUGAACUAUUCUCGGAUAUCACGUAUGCCAGUCAAGAAAUUGAAGAACAAGAGCAAGAACGUGCAGCACACUUGCAACUGCAACAAGAGGCAAAGAGUCAAAGUCAAAGUCAGGUACAGAGACCUACUCAAAGUGAAAGCAACACCCAAAAUGUUCCAGUGAGUGAACAAGUACCAGAAUCCGAAGAAAGAUCUCAAGCGGAAAUAGAAGAAGAGACUGAGAACGCAAACCAUUUGAGGGCGUACCUUGGAGGUGCGCAUGGUCAUCAAAGUUCUCGUAGAGGUCUACGUCACAGAAACUUUACAAACGCCCACCCGUAUUUAGCUGACAGUGCCCACUGGAUGGGAUUAGCCAGUACUCAAGUGCUCAAUGACUUAUAUCAAGAGAAUCCUGAUGUCGAGGUUAUAGUGAAAGUUUUGAACCAUCGAUAUUUACAAUAUAAAAAGGCAUAUCCCAAGGAAGAAAAGUAUAAAUCUAAAAACUUUUAUGCAUUUCUUGGGAAAGGUAGAGGACAGGUAGAGUCGUCUACGAAUCAGUCUCAGACUCAUAUCGAGAGUCAGGAACGCCCAUACAGUGAUAAUGAUAAUGAUAAUGAAAAUAAUAACGAAAUAGAAAAUGAUGAAGACGAUGAUAAUAUUGGCAGCUAUGAUUUGCUGCAGAUUAAUAGUGAUAUUGAAAUAGGCCAAAAUCAAAACUUUUCAGGUGAAUCUGAUGAGGAUUUAGGAAGUAGUGAGGAAGAGUCGGGGGAUGAGAGUGAGACAGUCGUGAGAGUUGGAGGUCGCUUACUCAAAGAAAAGAGCGUUUUACGAGGUGCUUUGCCUGAAUCCACAAAGAGAUUGGCAAUCUACAAUACUCCUAGAACGAAAAUAAGGAGUAGUAAGCCGAAAUCUGUUGAGUACAGAAGGGGACUUGCGGUGAAAAAGAAGAGUAAAAAAGUUUCGAAUGAAGGUAUUAAAAGCAUUUUGAACAAUUUUGUGGAUGAUAAUGAGUACUAUCUAGAUGAUAAUGAAGAUGAAAUUAUAUAUCAACUGACCCUUGUCAAUGAAUCUUCUACUCCAGAGAGAAUUGAGGAUGUGGUCUCUAUUGAUGAAAGUGAUGGAGAUCCCGAUAUUCCAAUAAUUAAUGAUAUUGAUGACGAAUUAACACAUGAUUGGGAGGUAAUCGAAGAAGAUAGAAUUGACCCAAUGUUUGCCUAUUCAAAGGCCAAAAGAUCAUCAACAGGAACAAACCAUAAACAGCAAGUAAAGAGGAAGAAGACGCUGAAUACUAACAGUAUAGGGAACACAAAAUCUGGAGUCUCAAGGCGUCCCACUGGUGCUCCGCGGAAGCGAGCCACAAAGAAGAGACAAUCAAUACUAUUUGGAAGAAGUCGCCCGAGCUUUAGUAAUUUUGGACUCUCUACUCGCCAUGCUCCAAUAAGAAGAGAAGAAACACGAUCCGCACUGCAUGAUCAGCAGCAUUUGCCAUCAAAUCCAAUACAACUAAAUAGAAAGAUACCUAUUCCUCGGGAUGAGACAGGUCAAAAACUCGGAAAGAAUGUUAUAACUGCAAAAGAAAUCUUACAGAAAGACUAUCAUUUUUCAAGAAAUCCUGUCAUGUCUACAACAUCCGUUGAAGGUGUGAGCGACAAGAAAUAUUACCAUCGUGAGAAUAUUAAAAGGGAUAGGAGAACUAUUCUGGAAACCCGUUUCAUGGGUCUAGGUCGUAGAUUGUUCAAUGGGGAACCGAAUAGCAAAUUUCCCAAAGGUUUUAUCCUUUCCACUUUCGACGUCGACAAAUUACACACAUUAAAGUUUGGUUAUUCUAAGUUAGUUCAAUCAGAUUCUGUUUAUUUUGUUUUAUUGGGAGAGAGCUUUUCUUUCUCAUUACUUGACAAGGGGGCGUCCCUCCGGACUUGCUCAAAGGCCCUACGCCUUUUAUCGAAAAUUUUUCAUGAUCGAAAAUUGGUAGAUAGCUCUACUUUGGAAUUAGAGUUAUAUACCUCCAUUCGUGGUUUGAUUGAAUGGUUUCUUAUAUUGCAGGAUAUGCCUGACGAAGCUUCUUGGAAAUUCUUGGGGAAUAUUCUUAACGACUUCAAGAGAUCGCAGGAUAUUAUACAAACUAGGAUUUUCUUUUAUCCAUAUUUGUUGCUUCUACAAUUGAUAUUCCUGCAAAUUUCUGAAAGUAAGAAUGCAUUGGAGAAAAGCAAAAAAUCAAAGGUAUUGCUUUACGACCAUUGUAUUUCAUACUUUUGUCUUCUUAUGCAGAAUACAGAUGUACAUGAGAUACGUCAAAAGAGUGAACAUACAGCAGAUCACACAUUCACCAAAUCUUUUGAGUCAAUUCAUACGGUAUACCUAAUCCUUUCAGAUGAAAAUUCUACGUCAAGCUGGUGGCCAGUGGUCACUGAAGCUACUCAAAGUGUGGUUUCACAUUCGUCGUUUAAUUACUCGCAACAUUUAGAUAUGUUGAGUUUUAUAGCAUCCAUUACUCCAAAGAAACAAUAUUGUUGGAAGAGUUUCUACAUUGUAUUCCUGGCAAUUUCUGGAGAGAGGAGUUCUCAGGGGCAUGAUAAAUUUAUGGAUAUAGUAUUUCACUUGAAAGAAGUAUUAUUAUGGCCAUGGGAGGAGAAAAUUAUUACUACAAUUUAUUCUUCUAUCACGUCACGGAAAUUUUCCAAUUUCAGUAACGAGGUUGAUACUCCACAACUUCUUGGAAGGCUUAUUUCAAGAGAUAGCAUUCCGGAUACCUCAUUCUUUGAAAGAUUUAUGUAUCUUUUGUUCUCAUUCAUUUCGGAGUUACCUUUAGGAGCAAAUAAAAAGAAACUUAUUUCCAAACUAUUCACUUCAAGUCAUUAUAGAUACCGAAGGGAUUCAAGACACUUUGCUACAUAUGUUAACCGAUUCAACUUUAUUCUACUACUAUUCCAGCUUUCAGACUUUGACCUUCGCAGUCAACUAUCAGAUCUAAUUCUGCAAAUAGAACAGUCCGAAGACUUCGACAUCUACAAGGUGACUAGCGAAGGACUUCGAGUUUAUUCUGAUAUUGCUCAAGAAAGAGGUAAACAAUUACCAGUAGAUUCGCAUGCGACGUUAUUGAUACAAAUAGCUUCAUUCUACAAGAAGUCAAAAAUGCCUGAAUGCUAUCAAUUGUGGAGAUAUUUAGAAGAUCUGGUAAGGAUGCGCUUCUUAUCUUUAUCUAGUGUUGAUGGUGGUUCUAUUGUUCUCUCUAUAGCGAACAAGAUUGACAUGUCUGUAGUUGAUGAUUUGAUUCUACUUUCUAUAAACAAUCUCGUCAGAGACGCUCUUCCCUUAAUUCGUUACAAUGACCAAAGUGGUCUUGAUCUUAUAUUAAACUUUCAAGAGAAAACUGUUAGUCUGCUUCAAGUCCAGAUGGGACGCUUGCCACUACUUCAUAUUGAGAAUGAAGUUAAAGUAGAUCAUGUUAUCGAGUCUUCCCUCCAACUAUGGAUCAUGUGCUAUUCUCGAAAGCCUAAAGCAAACUGGAAUGAACUUAUAUUUCAAAGAUAUCCCUAUAUUGGAAAUGUUUACCUGAGAAACAAGUUCAAUCUUUUUGUUUACAAUGAGUUACUUUCCUACAUCAAGCUCUCUGAAUAUUUCGAAACAUAUCUUGUUAUUUUCUUCCAAUCACUAGUGCCAGGAGUUGUGUCGAAAUAUCAAUCAGUUAUCUUUGAAACAUUGCGAAGGUCUGGUGAUUCUGUUUUUAAUUUUAAAAAGGAAGUGAUUCCUGCGUUGCAUGUCUCCAAUUUACAAUUUACCAACUCCAAGGUUCAAAUUUUAAUAAACUUAAUUCAAAAUGUAACACAAGAAGAAAGAUUUUCUGAGCAAAGUAAGGAAUACUUUAUACGUGAAUAUGUAUUGUGCCUCGUGAAACGUUUGGACAGCGACUCUAUGGGAGAAAACUUGAAAAUUGAUUUCAAGAAAAAUGUAGAGGUUCUUCAAAGACAGGCGCUCAAAUAUGUGAAAGAUGAUCAGAAUUUCAAAACGUUAACUAGGAGAUUAGGAUUGCUGCAAAUUGAAGUUGAUAAAUUUGCCUGGUUGGAACUCACGUUGAGUGACAAGUUGAAGAUUGUUCAUACAGAGCUCACCACAAUUAUGGCACAAGAGAAUAAUAGUAUGACGAUCCUUGACAAAUAUUUGAGCAUUGAAGAUUUUGACCUCGUAUUCCACUUGAUUAAUAUAUACAUGAAGGCUGUAGCAAUUCAGCAACACGAAAAAUGGGUAUUAAUCUACGAACUCAUGAAAUAUUUGAAUAUUAAACUCGGAACUUGUUGUGUGAAUCUUACAGAUGGCUCGCUUCGAGAUUUUUUCGCUCUGAUGACAGACUUUGGAUUUCUUCGAACGAAAUCCAAUGACACGGAAUAUACAUUCUAUCAAACCCAAGCUCUAUUUAUGGCUGUUUUAGUAUAUACGAAAGGGUUCUAUAUUUAUGAGGGGUAUAAAGAUCAAUCUCAUUUCAAGGAAAACGUCCAAAACUUCAUUACAAAUUAUAGAGAUCCCAUAAAUAUAACUCUGGCAGAUGACCUAACUCUGCCUUAUUCGUCAUUGCGAUAUUUUGAUAUCCAAAACCCGACCACAGAAGCAAGGGGGUACGGAAAGAUGACGCUGACAGUUGAUGGAGUUACUGAGUCUGCAAUUGAUGAUGCAAUUGACCAUUUACAUGGUCUAAUGAAACAGCCAAAUUUCUUACAGCUACAAACAAGCACUGCUGUACUUGAAUUUAAUCUUUAG